UGUCGGCCAGGGAACCAGGUGGUGUGUUGGAGAGGCAGGCAACUGGAAGCUCAGGGUCUUCCUUGCGGACAGAAUACAGGUUCUGCUAAGUGCUCACCAAGUCAAUGCUUUGUUUCUCCCCAGCAGAGGAGACCACAUUACGUGCAGCGAAUGCAGCAGACUAGAUUGACUGAAGUGCGGGUGAAGUUGGUGUUGAUUCUGAAUUUGGGGUUAUCGUUUUACUUGGUACAGGUACUACGGGAUGGAGGAAUAAUGCAUCAGGCUGGAAAUCUAGCCGCUGUAGAAUUACAGGCUGGCGAGGAACUCAGCCAAACUUAUUACUCUGGACUUGUUAGGCCGAAGGGCCUGUUUCCACACUAUAGGGAAUCUAAUCUAUUCUACUCACGCUGCAUUUGCCAGUAUAAAAAAUGACGCCGCCCCCCCCCUCCGAUAGUGACUGCCAGGAGGUCAGAGGUGAGAGUUGGCAGUGUAGCCACGUGUGUGUCGCUGCCAUGAUGGCCAGGUUACCGCGCGCUGGGUUGGUGUCCUGGUUGACGGUUAACAGGAGCUUGCGGAGUGGAGCCGAGGGCCGAGGGGCGGGACGAGGAGCGAAGGCGGGCGCCUGGUGGUGGAGAAGAAGCUACAACUCGGCGCCGACGAAAGCGGCUCUGCGCCUCCCCAGGAUGGAGUACCAGGAUGCGAUAAUGGCACUGAACACUCUCCAGACCAAUGCCAGCACCCUAGAACAGAUCCGAUGGGAACAGCAGCUUGGCCGAAAAAAUGGCACCCUGGAAGCUAUGAACUCUUUUAUGCACCGUGCUGGAAUGAAGAUUGAGGAGUUGGACCAGCUUGCCAUCAUCCAUGUGACCGGAACAAAAGGCAAGGGUUCAACGUGUGCCUUUUGUGAAAAGAUAUUGCGUGAAUAUGGACUAAAGACUGGUUUCUAUAGCUCCCCACAUCUGGUGCAAGUAAGGGAGAGAAUCAGAAUUAAUGGCAAACCAAUCAGCAGAGAACUCUUUACAAAGUACUUCUGGCAGGUUUACAACCGAUUGGAUGAAACCAAGGUAAGCUGGGAUACCGACGCUGGGGCCAUGCCUGCAUACUUCCGUUUUCUCACCAUCCUUGCCUUUCAUGUCUUUCUGCAUGAGAAGGUUGACCUGGCAGUAGUAGAGGUUGGAAUUGGAGGUGCCUAUGAUUGUACCAACAUAAUUAGGCACCCUGUUGUGUGUGGGAUAUCAACACUGGGGAUUGAUCAUGUCAGUAUCCUAGGAGACACCAUGGAGAAAAUUGCGUGGCAGAAAGGGGGAAUUUUCAAGCCAGGUGUCGCAGCGUUCACAGUUUCGCAACCCAGUGGUCCAAUGUCUGUCCUUGUUGAAAGAGCGAAGGAAAUUGGGUGUUUCCUGCAGCUCUGUCCGGAAUUGGAGGAUUUCCAGUCUGAGGGGGAGAGGUUGAGCUUGGGGUUGGCAGGAGAACAUCAGAAAUCCAAUGCGUCUCUGGCACUGCAGCUGUGUAGGACGUGGCUGCAGCAUCAUAACCACCCAGAUUUUCCUCCACUCCAACAACCUCUGGACUUUGCUGAAAGAUAUGAGAUGCAGCGACCACCCAUCAGCUCAAGAUUCUGCCUGACUACCCCCAUGAUAAAUGGAUUGCGUGAUACAAAAUGGCUAGGCCGAUCGCAGAUCCUGAAGCGAGGACCAGUGACGUAUUACAUUGAUGGUGCUCACACUAUUGGUAGUAUAAAGGCCUGUGUCAAGUGGUUUCGGGAACAUUCGUUGAAGGAAGCAAGAGCUGUGGGAGGACCCGUGGUACAGGUACUAUUGUUCAACACAACGGGGGAGCGUGAUGCUGCCGCACUACUUAAGCUGCUCAUGCCGUGUCAGUUUGAUUUUGCUGUUUUUUGCCCCAAUCUCUUGGACAUGGCACAAAAUCUGAAUGCUGAUCAGAAAAAUUAUACAGUGUCUCUGGAGAACAUGCUUAGCCGUUGCCUUGACAACCAUCAUGCCUGGUGUAAACUUACAGAGGUGAAGCGUGAUAAUUUAUGGAAUUUAACAGGCAGUACCCUGGAAGGCCCAACCACAUGUGUGAAGAGAGAUGAUUUGGAUGAGGAAAUGCUGCUGUUGCAUGAUCUGGAGUGUGAACAGAUAACCACUCGUGCACUUGUCUUCCCUUGCAUCAACAAUAGCUUGCAGUGGAUAACACAAGGACGUGACCCUGACCUUCAACCUUCAUUGGCCAAUCCGCUCAAAAUGCAUCCAGCCGGAGCUGCAGCACUGAAGGAAGCUUCAACCAUACAAAUCCUGAUCACAGGAAGCCUCCACCUCGUAGGCGGGUGCCUGAAACUUCUUGACCAGUCCUUGUCUCAGUGAUUUUGUUCUCAGACCUUGCUCUAAUGACCUACCACGGAGAAAGUGUUGGCUAGGGGAAUAGUUUCUAGGCCUGUUGUACUGGACAUUGUUCAGAUACCAAGUGUUUUGAUGUAGAAGAGUUAACACAAGGCAAUGGUAUUGACUGAGUGAAAGCUUUCAUUUCACCAGAAGGAAAUUGGCCGUCAUGGGGUAAUAGCUUUCUCUUGCAGGCUUUGUGUGUGAAGUGUAGGCCAGUCUUUUAUGUCUAAUGGCAUUUAUUAGUUAAAUUUUUGCACUUGAAAUAUUUAAAAGAAAAAGUCUUACAUUUUAUAGGUCUUAAAAACUGGAAUAUAAACUUGGUCCAAAAUAAUGGAGUAGUUCAUUCCUGUUGUAGUUGCACAUGAAUACUUGCGAUAACUUGCCCUCUAAUUUUUCUACAUUUUAAUCUGGGAAGUGCAUUAUUUCUGGUAAAUAUACACUAGCAUUUGGGUGUCAGUGUGUGUCGGGGAGGUGGAACACUUCUGUGUACACUUUGUGAUUGUCUAGCUGGGCCUGCCUUUUCAGCUUUUUCAAUUGAAUGGCUUCAAAAUAAACAAAUAAAAAGGAACAGGGAUUUGAAAAAAACAAAAUCAAAGAAACAGUCACCCAGAUUAUUUGCAAAAAAAAUUAAUGAACACUAAUCAAAAGUUCAGGAUGAUUUAUAAUUUAUAAGCUUACAAUACCAUCCACAUAAAAGUAGGAUUUGGUUCGCUGCUGGAUGAAUUGGACAGGAGAACCUUUCCCUAGUUGUCAUUUAUAGACAGAGGCUCCCUCAGUAGUCCUCUUAAGGUAAGACAGUAGUCAACUGCUGAGACAAUGCUUGCAGACAAUGCUCCUUAGAUAGCACUGUUUCAAAUGUGUGACCUGUGCCACUUGGGUGAAUAAGGGUAGCAUAUACAUGGCAAUACUGUAACCUGAGCAUUUUUCUCCAAGCCACAUACCAUAUUGAUUUGAAACUAUAAUUGCUGCUCCUUCAAUAUUGUGUGAAAUGUGCCUACCCUCAAAUGGACUGCAAUAUUUCAAGAAGGCAGCUCACCACCACUUCCCGAGCAAUUAUAGAUGGGCAGUAAAUGCUGGCCUGGGCAGCGAGGCCUACAUACUAUGAAAGAAUUAAAGAAAAAUGCAUUUGCGUGAAGUCUUCACCAGAACAACAGAGGGAUUUGGUUCGCGAGUUUUGAGAAGUUUUGUAGCUCAGGUUGAGGUUCUGGAUGCGAGUUUGCUCGCUGAGCUGGAAGGUUAGUUUUCAGACAUUUCGUCACCAU